UCACGCCUUUUAUACGAAACGGUGAGCAAUACCAAAAUCGAACGAUCGAUUUGCUAAACGAUAUGCAUUACAUUGCUGAAUAUUCUACUAAAGUUUCGACUGACCGACCGACCAGUUACAGUCAAAUUUUGUGGAGGGGGUUAUUCCCCCGUGUAUAUGAUUCCCCAUACACCUUCACGAGUUGCACUUUAAACUGGAUUAAUGAUAAGUGCUCCGGUUUGACAACAAAUAUCAAUAGAAGUAUGAUAAAAUGUACCCGUGAUAUAUACACACUUGGUGCUAAUAAACAAUUGGAGGUGAUAUACGAGGAUUAAUGUCACAAACGGAAAUAAGUGCUCAUACAAAACCAGUAACUCAAAUAUAAGCUAUAAUUCCGACACACAGAAUACGUAUACGUUGAGGCAGAAAGGGGAAGGUUGCAUGAAGAUGUGGAGUCUAAAGAUAGUCACGUUGAUUGCAGUGUUGGGCUUGGUUCAAUGUUCAAAGCUGUAUAACCUGGGCGGUCGACAGAUGCAUAUUACAUGCUACAAUGAACAAACAAAUCAUGUCAGGGCUUUCACCGUCAAUAACGGAGCUUGGGUGCAAGCAGAAGCUGGUGUUAAUUGCCCGUAUACAACAUGGGGUUGGUCACGUUUGAGCAAUUGUCCUAUCACGUGCAGUUGGUUCAUCUCCCGUGCUCUAGCAGAUAGCUUGAAAGCAAAGAUAUCUGCUUUGGCGUCGUUCGAGAGCUGCAAACGCGUCGGCGCCUGUUGUCGCGGGUGGGGUAGUGUCGCUUGUAUAGGACUUGAGAACAAUCACAAGAAAGCAAUCGCCAGUUCCAAGGCCAAUGCAGUAGCUUCCGGUACAAUGAACAGAAUGGGUGUCGUGAUGGGGUACUUCUGUCCGGGACAAAUUGUCGUAAAGGGUUCUUUGGGAGGAAAUGAUAAGCCAGCUAUUUGUACACCAAAUGGCUGUAGCGGUCCAAGUGGCACCAAGUCUGCAAGCGGAGGAGUAGCAGUCACGACAACGUUCAGGAAUACGCAUCCCCGAUCUGUCCUGCUUAUGUGGAUCACAUUUAGCGGAACUGUUGAGCCGAGUAAAGGUUGGCGAUUGGCUCCGGGUGGCACUGUUAGGAUUAACACAAAUACCGUUCAUCCAUUCGUGGCCAAGAUUGACGGAACCAAUGAGUGGGUUAGAAUAGCAGGCCAGUGCAAAUAUUACCCCAAAGCAGGAAGUGUCGACAUUGCUCAUUAAACUCAAUGUCUCGUUGUUUGAACUAUGAUGAACUUUAAAGACGGUUUAUAUUACUCAAUAUAUAUAUCUUUUAUUGACUCUUUAGAUGUCAUAUCAUGACAUAUUAGUCAGUAAGGUAGAGCAGUUCUUCCCAUUGUCGAGUUGAAGAACUGGUAUCUUUAUCCUGGCUAGAAUAGACAAUUCUAGCCAGCGUCAGCCUUUUAUCGAGUUAGCAGCACUCUAGUAAUCGCCGGUAUAGGUCAGUAGUCAUAGGUCAAAGAAAAAUCACAAGAAGUGCUGUGACCUUGGUUUGAACCCAAGACCUCUACUUUUCAGCCUGAAGCCAGACUUCCUACUUUUCAGACCAAUGCCUUAACCACUAGGCCAACCCGGCGA